AUGGCUCAACUAUGUGAAGCCAGUACAAUAUUAAAACGAUUGAGUGAACGUUUAUAUCAACAUAAUAAUUGUGAAGAACAAGCUAAUAUUAAUUCAUUACAACAAAUUCUUGAUAGUCGAUUAUUUAAUACAUUAUAUAAUUUACAAGAAUCUUUUCAACAGAUAAAAUUUGAAUUUGAAAAAGGAAAUUAUUUAAUAAAAAAUUGUUUAUUUGAUUUUGAUAUAAAAGGUCAUUUGACAUUAAUUAACGAUAAAACAACGAAUUCAGAUAUUGAGAACAACGAUCAUUUAUCGGAUGAAAGUGCGAUUCGAAAAGUUAUUUUGAAUAAAAAAACACCCGACGAAUCAUUAGGAUUUAAUAUAAUCGCAUAUAAACAUCGAUUAUUGGGUAUUAAUGCAAUUUUUAUUGAUGAUAUUCAACCGAAUAGCCUUGCUGAUGUAAAUGGUCAACUACGAAUAGGCGAUCAAAUUGUGUGUAUCAACAAUAUUUAUUUGGAUUCACAAGAUUCAACACUUGCCGUUCGUGCUCAUCAACUUCUUCUUGAUUUAACACGUUUAUCUAUUGAACUUGUUGUCAUUGCUACAACUACUGAUUAUCCUCAUGCGGCCGUGGCAACGUCGAACAACGACGGACACAGCUGUGUUCCGACAUUGUCGACGCCUUCUCACGUCGACAUGGUGCUAAAUACAUUGUGGACACAAAUUGAAAUUGUCGAAUUAACCAACGACGGCUCCGGGCUAGGCUUUGGCAUUACUGGUAAUAAGUCAACGGGUGUUGUUGUCAAAGCAAUUGUGCCUGGUUCAAUUGUCGAUAAAGAUGGUCGUAUACGUACGGGUGAUCACUUAUUUCAAAUAAACCAUGUUUGUGUACGUGGUAUGAGUUCUGAACAAGUAGCUGGUAUACUUCGACAAUGCUCUCAACAAGUUCGUCUUGUUGUUGCACGAAGUGUACGUGAACCAACAGCAUCUUCAACAGUAACAACAGCAACAGCAACUGACAUAACGAUGAAUAAACAGCCAUUAGUGGCACAAAGUCCAUUAUCAACAUUAGAAAAUUUGACACGAACAACAGAUGAUAAUACAUUAUCAACAACAACACCUUCUCAGUCAAUGAUUACUGAUAAUGAUGGAAUUAUAAAUGAUUCACAAAAUCGAAUUGUACUUCGUACUGAACGUUUACUUGAAAGCAAUCAUAAUUUUGAAAAAAUUUUUGAAAAUCUCCGUGAACAGUGUCAAUAUGAAGAUGGCACACAACUAUUGGAUGUAACAUUGGAAAAAGGUGAUGAUGGUUUAGGUAUUACUGUUGCCGGUUAUGUCAGUCCUGAUUCUACGAAUAAUGAUGCCAUAGCUGGUAUAUUUAUUCGUGAUAUAGCUGAAGGUAGUGUAUGUUCUCGUGAUGGUCGUUUAGCAAUAGGUGAUCAAAUAAUUGAAGUUAAUGAUCAAUCACUUAAUGGAUUUUCUAAUAUUCAAGCACUUUAUUUAUUACAAAAUACAAGUUCAUCUGUACGACUUAAAGUUCGACGUUAUCUUGAUGGUAUUAAAUUUGAAAAAAUUAAAGAAAUGAUUGCACUUGAAUCAUCACAUCAACUUCAAGAAAAACUUGAAUUUCAAUCUCCAAUAGAUAUUCAUGAACAAAUACGUCAAAAAUGGACUAAAGUUUUAGGAAAUAAUUAUGAUAUAUUAAUAAUUGAUGUUUAUAAACCUGAUAAUGGUGGUCUUGGAAUAACACUUGAAGGUACUGUUGAUAUUGAAAAUGGUGAAGAAGUUCGACCACAUCAUUAUAUACGUGCAUUAUUACGUGAUGGACCUAUUGGUACAGAAGGAACAUUGAAAUCCGGUGAUGAACUUUUAGAAGUUAAUAAUCAAAUUUUAUAUGGAAAAAAUCAUAUACAUGUUAUUGAAAUUCUUAAACGUGUUAAACAUCAAGUUAAACUUGUUUGUGCUCGUCGUAAAAUUUCUCAAACAAAUGAAAUAUCUAUAAAAAAUAAUAUUCAUAAUCAUAAUCGUUCACAUUCAAUAACAUUUGGUAAAACAGCUGAAAUUGUUGUUAAAGCUAAAAGUAUGGGAACAUUAGAUUCACCAAAUUCAUUAUUAAAUCUUACUCCAUCAUCAUCAAUACGUACAAUAAAACAAUAUAAAUCUCGUUCACUUGAAGUUAUUUCAAAUUUAGCUUUAUGGUCAACAUCAAUUAUUGAUAUUGAAUUACAUAAAACUGAAUAUGGUCUUGGAUUUUCUGUACUUGAUUAUCAAGAUCCAUCAAAUCCAAGUUAUUCACCUGUUAUUGUUAUACGUGCAUUAGUACCUAGUGGUGUUGCACAAUUAGAUGGAAGAAUUGUUCCAGGUGAUCGUUUAGUUUCUGUUAAUGAUAUAACACUUGAAAAUAUGACAUUAGAUGAUGUUAUUAAAAUAUUAAAAUCAACACCCAUUGGUCCAGUUAAAUUAAGUUUAUCAAAACCAUUACCAUAUCCAAAAUUUAAAAAUGACAAGGAUGAUGAUAAAAUCUUAACUGAUAGUGAUCAAGAUAUAAAUAAUAAUAAUAAUAAUAAUAAUAAUAAUCAAAUAAAUCAACGUACAUCACGCAGUAAAAGUACAGGAAAAAAUGUCAUGAUUAAUAAUCAUCAGCGUUCUGUUUCAAGUCAUCGCCCUGCACGUUCAUCAUUAAUGAAACAAGCAGCUGUAUCAGCUGGUAUUGCUUUAUCAGCUCCAGCUAUACUCAGUAGACAUGAAUAUUUGGAAUCAUUAUUAGAUAAAGAAAAUAUGAAAAAUAAAAUUGAACCACGUUCAUCAAGUACUAAUCGUAGAAAUUGUCGUGAUAAAAAUUCUUUAAAAUUAAUUUCAUUAGAAAAAAAAGAAUUUCGAAAAGAUCAAAUUCGACAAUUAAAUACAGACGAAUAUCUUGAUUUAUUACCAAAAACAAAACAAAAAUUAUCAACAAAUAUAAUAAUAAAUUUACCUGAAUUUCAAAAUUUUCAAUCAGAUCAUCUUGUUCUUAUACCACAAAUUGUUUCUUAUCCAUUUUAUGAUCGUUUGCGUGGUCCAUCUGCUUUUACAGCAACAAAAUUUAAUCGACAAUCAACAAAUAACACUUCUAAUAAUAAUAAUAAUAUAAUGUCCCAAACAAUAGCAACAGCUACAUCCGGUGAUUCACCACGUUCAAGUUUUUCAUCAGUAAAACGAUUAUCUCGUUCACGACAAACACAUGAAACAACAAAUAAUCAUGACCAAGAACAGGCACAUAUUAUGCGACCGUCAUCAUUGCGACAAAUGACGAAUAAAUUUGACUCAAUGGGAUGUUUCCAUGAACAUCGUAAACGUUCAAUUUUUCGUUUUUGUUUUACUUGUUCAGGAAGGUCAAGCGAUGUUUAUACUCAACCUGACUUGAGUAGUGACGACGACGACAAUAAUAAUAAUAAUAAUAAUAAUAAUAAUAAUAAUAAUAAUAAUAAUUAUAAUGUUAUACUUUCUUCAACAUCAUCGUCUCCAUUAACUCAUCAACAUCCGAUAAAGAAUGUUAUUUGUCCAACCAAAAUAACUCCAACAACAUCAAUUAUAGAUGAAGAUGCGCGUGAAGUGGACGCCAUUAUUACACAACAUCAACGAAUACUUACAAAUAAUAAUAAUGAUAAUGAAAAUAAUAGUAUAAUAACAUCAACAAGCAAAACGCCAACAACUCCAACUAUAACACCCAAAUGGACUUCAUCAAGACAAUCGUCGCGUAUGGCAUCACCUGCUCUAUCGACUAGUUCACAGUCUUCCGGACGUGUUAUUACAUUUCUAAAUCAUGAAGUUAUACAAUUACCUGUAUAUCUUGAACGUGAAAUACGUGUUAAACAUAAUUUUGAUCAACUUGGUUUAGUUGUUGAUGCAUAUGUUGAUGAAGGUGUUAAUGGAUGCUUGAUACGUUCCAUAACACCAACGACAACCAUAACGAAUCAACAUGGUUUAAGACCGGAUGAUUAUAUAUUAUCAAUUAAUAAUGAAAAUAUGAAAAAGAUAAGCAAUGCACAAGCACGGUCAAUUAUACGACGUGCUUCACUCAUGGGGUCAGAUAUCAGUGUCGUUUUCAUUCCUGGAGAUGAAGCUAAACAAUUUAAACAACAUACGCUCGAUCCACAAACAACAUUAUCACCAAUAUUACCCGAAAUUACUGGUUCCAAUAUAGAACCUUCUUUAACUAAACCUAUUAUAACAACAACAACAACAACAACAACAAAAACAAAAACUCAUGAUAGUGAUUUAUAUGAAUUUGAGUCUCAUCAUAAUCAACAAACAUAUCCAACUGUUAUUGACAGUGAAACAUUAAGUGCAACAUUAUGGGGAUCACCAAGAACAGUUAUACUUUAUCGUAAUGAACAUGUUAAAAGUUUAGGAAUAAGUAUUGUUGGUGGAAAAUUAGAUUUUUCUGGUCCAGGAAAUACAAUUGAAUCAUGUAUAUCAGGUAUAUUUAUAAAACAUGUUUUACCCGAUUCACCAGCUGGACGUAAUGGUACAUUAAAAACUGGUGAUCGUAUACUUGAUGUUAAUGGAUAUGAUCUACGUGAUGCAUCACAUGAUCGUGCUGUUGAAAUAAUUCGUGCUGCACAAUCACCUGUUCAUUUUAUUGUACAGAGUUUACUCGAUCCAUCAAAUCCAACAACAACAUCAUCACCAUCAUCAUCAAUAACAAAUGAUUAUUCACCAACAAAUUUUUCUCACAUUCCAACAACAACAACAACAAUAAAUUCUCCAUCACAAAAUAAAAUUUUAACAACAAAUUUAAUACAUGAACGAAAAACUGAAGAUGAAUUAAGUAAACAAUAUGGACAUUUAAAUGGUGAUCUUUUUUUUAUUGAUAUAAAAAGAAAUUUAUCUGAAAUCAAUGAACCACUUGGACUUUCUCUUAUUGGACAUCGUGAUCCAAAUAAAUUAGCUGUUUUUGUUUGUGAUAUUCAACCUGGUUCAUUACUUGAUCGUGACAAUCGUAUAUGUCCAGGCGAUCAAUUACUUGAAGUUAAUGGAGAAAUUCUUUUGGGUAAAGCACAUUCAGGAGUAACACCAAUUAUUAAAUCUAUUAAAGCUGACACAUUGAAUUUUGUUGUACUUCGAAAUCCCAAUGCAAUCAAUGACAUGGCUUUAAGCAAUCAACAUGCAGCUACAGCACGUAUACGCGCAUCAGCAAUGACAUCUACUGGUGGUAUUCAGCUUACAUCAACAUCUCCGAAAUUAGUACGAGACCAACCAUCACCAUCAUCAUUCCAACAGACAUCAGAACAACAGAUGAUAAAUGAUGCUAGUCAUCAUCAUGUUCAUGUCCCCAGGCACCAACCGGAUGUCGAUGAACGCAGAGAAAAUAACGAUAGACCAACAUCAACAUUAGUUUUUCGUUCUUCUACACAUACAUCGGACGAGAGCGAACAUAUAGAAAAUAAGAAUGAAAGAAAAUGUUCUAUACCACAAGCAACAGCAGCAGCAGCAGCAACAACAACAAUAGUAAAAGAUGAAAAAUUAUCAGUUGCUGAAGACAUACCAAAAUCAUCGUCGUUGUCGUCUAAUCAAAUAAUAACAACUAGUGACGUUCAAAGCGACAACAACGAAGUUUCAUCAUUAGAUCAUAAUAUUAGUAGUAAUGCCACGAUUACGACGGUUCAUUCUAUUUCUUCCGAUGUCGAUUCUUCUACUCAUCGUUCCAUUUCAUCAUCAUUCGAUCAACCAACGUACGCAUAUGAAAAUGACGAAUUAUCGUCGACACAGCAACCAUCAACAACAACUUCAUCAUUUUUAUUAAUGCAUGAACAAGCAGAUCAUGCCAAUGAUAAAUACUUAGAAAAUAAAAAUCAAACAAAUAAAGAUAUUUUUAUAGAUAAUAACCAAGCAUUAACUUCUUCAAUAGAUAAUACAAUUGAAAAAGAUCAAGACGAAAUAUCACCUACACAUUCUUCUUCAGUGACACAAUCAAACGAAUUACAAAGCCAGACAAAUAAUAUAUUGCCUUCAGACGUCAUUAUAUCAUCACCUAAUAAGCAAAAAACCGAAGAGAAUUUAUCAGAAACACCAGCAUUGUCUAUAAAAACAACAACAAACGGCGCAACUGCAUCGCCUAUAUCUAUUAUGUCAUCAUCUUCAAGUUCUUCUUCAUCACUGUCAGUCUCAACACCAUCAUCAACUGAACAUACAACUAGAAAACCCAUACUAUCCUCAUCAACACAAGUGCCUCGACGUGCUUCAAUGUCUGUACAAGGUGCACCAAUCACACUUAUAUUAAAUAAAGAUCAAAAAGGUUCAUUUGGUUUAACAUUAACUCAACAAGAUAAUGCAAUUUGGGUACAAAGUGUUCAACCACAUGGAGCAGCCGAUCAACAAGAUAUUCGAGCUGGUGAUCAAUUAAUUCAAAUAAAUGGAACAUCAAUUGAAGUAUUAAAAUUUAAUGAUAUACAAAAUAUGUUAGAAAAUGCAAAUAGUAAUCAAAUGCAUUUAACAUGUUUACCAUAUCGAGAACCACAAACUCAACCAGUUGUUGUUAAUAUAAAUCAAGCUGAAAGUUUACCAACAUUAAUUUCAAAUGAUAAUGAUAUUAUAUCAGAAGAUGAUCCUCGUGUACGAUCAAUUAUUGUUGGACAAGAAACAUUAAUUGAAAUUGAUCGUGGACAUUCUGGUCUUGGACUUUCAGUUGUUGGUGGAUCCGAUACACAAUUAUCAGCAAUUAUUAUUCAUGAUAUUUAUGAUGGUUGUGCUGCACAACGUGAUGGUCGUUUACUUGUUGGUGAUCAAAUACUUGAAGUUAAUUCCAUUGAUUUACGUUCAGCAACACAUGAAGAAGCUAUUCAAGCAUUACGACAAGCAACAAAUAUUGUUCGUAUACUUGUUUUACGAGGAAAAGUUUUAACUGAAAUGACAAAUGAACAAGAUAAAUUUGAUAUAAUAACAAUUGAUUUAAUUAAAAAAUCUGGCAAAGGACUUGGAUUUAGUAUCAUUGGACGACGACAUGGUUAUGGUGUAUUUAUUUCUCAUAUUCUCGAAGGUGGUUGUGCAGAAAAAGAUGGUCGAUUAAUGUCUGGUGAUUUAAUUCUUGAAGUAAAUGGACAAGAUUUAAGAACAGCAGCCUAUGAACAUGUUGCUUAUACACUUAAAACACUUCCACAUGGACGUGUUAAUAUUAAAAUUGGACGUCUUAAACCAAGUGUUCAUGUACAAAAUCGACCAAAUUCAGUUACAAAUGAACGUAAAAAUCGAUCACGUUCAUCAUCAUCAAAUCCUCGACGUUCAUCAGCAAAUAAAAUGAACGAUAGAUGA